AUGGUUGAAGAGGUACAGAAGUGGUCCUGUAAAUAUGACGGUGGUAAGGAUCCACUAGGUUUCAUCGAUCACAUAGAGGAACUGGCGGCUAUGUACAGUAUCGAUGUUAAUCUAAUUCCCAAGAUGAUGCCAAUACUCUUUGAAGAUAAAGCAUUAAGAUGCUUAACACAUCUUCAAUUUGAACUCAACGAUUUAAAUUUACGAACAUUUCGUCCUUGUUUCCUUGCAGAUCUGAUAACGGCGCUGAGAAACGUAAGCGUAACGAUUCCGGUUGCAGUUAAACGUGGCGAUAAUGCGAUGUUAAUCUGCAAUUACGACAUCGAGGACGAAUCACUAUACACUGUGAAGUGGUACCGUGGACGCAGGGAAUUUUAUCGUUACACGCCGAAGGAGAAUCCAGCGUGGAAGAUAUUUCCAUCGACGAAUAGCAUCUCUGUAGACACAACUCAGUCAAACGCCAGUCAUGUAUUGUUACGCAAUGUGCCAGUCUCAAUUUCCGGUAAAUUUGCAUGUGAGGUAUCAGCGGAUGCUCCAUUUUUUCACACCUCCAUUGUGGCGGCCGAAAUGGAAGUUGUUGAAAUGCCAGCACAACGCCCUAUCAUAACAGGCAUACACUCUCGCUACCGCCUUGGGGAUAUUAUUAAUGGUAAUUGCUCAUCGGACUACUCAAAGCCAGCAGCAAAUUUGACCUGGUGGAUAAACGAUAGACAGGUAUCUCCAAAUUAUUUGCGUUACUACGAAAUUCAAAAGCAUGUUGAAGAAAACUUAGAAUCGUCUGUACUGGAAAUUAAUUUUAUAGUUACAUUGCAACAUUUCAUCAAAAGCCGUUUAAAGCUCAAAUGCUCGGCACAUAUACAUUCAAUUUAUGCUCUUGAAUCUGAAAAAAUUAUUGAGGAGGAUCGCCCACGCAUUUUAGCAUCUGGACGUUCACCUGACAACAGUAAUUAUCCAUAUGAUUCUACCGAUGAUCAAAAUGAUCUAUAUAUAACAUACUAUAAGAAAACUCCAAACUCAUCUGCCAAGUCCUUACAUAAAUUUCAAAAACCUGGCUUUCAUUUUACGGGCUUAAAAAUGUUUUCAGUGAUUUUAAGUUACAUUUUUUUAAUAAAAUGGAUUCAAGGUGUCUCACUCUCGCUCCCAGACAAAUUAUUGGCCGGAUCGCUCGAGCAAAAGACCGUUCGCUUUUCAAACACAAAAUUGGGUGUUAGAAAUAAAGGAGCAACAAAAUUGUGCAACGCGAAGGCGGUAGACAUUCAAACAGCGGAUCAGGAUGGCUUAUAUGCGCGGUGAUAAGUUAAAUCCUUGUAAGGACUAUUAAAUCAUCAGUCAUUUGCAGUAGAACAAAAAUACAUGUUUUCUUUAUUACGAGUAAAUGAUAUAGUAACAGCAUUGUGUGUAAAAUUCAAUUAGUUCGUCAUCUAAACUCUUAAUAAUUGUGUGUGAAUA